UACAUACAACUCUCUCUUUUUUCUUCAUGAGUUGUUGAGGUCUCAUGACACUCUCAAAAUAUUAUCCAAAAAGAGCUACUCCCCCACCAGUCACUCAGCUGCCCAUUAUAAAACUGUUGCCAAACUGUAGGUACCCUAUCUGAGGCAUCAUACUUCAACAGAAAGGAAGACGAAAGGGAGAAGGACAGAGAAAGGAUCAAGUUAGAGGUACUGCUGCAGCCACUAAAAGAAGAACACCAUGAUCCAGUGCAACUUCCUGAAAUUCAUGCUGUUUGCAGUAUAUGGUUGGGAGGCAGUUGCUGAUUUCCCCAAUGCCUCACCAUUGCUCAACCCCAAUUGGGGGAACACAGACAGCCUGCUGCACUUGUACACAUCCACAGCAAGAAAUAGCUUCCACCUGCAAAUUAACUCCAAUGGCUACGUGGAUGGAAGUCCUUAUCAAACCAUUUACAGUGCCUUGAUGAUCAAAUCUGAAGCUACUGGUUAUGUAGUAAUAAAUGGUGUGAAAAGUGGACGCUUCCUUUGUAUGGACAUCAAUGGGGACAUCUUUGGAUCGCAUUACUUCAGUUAUGACGAUUGCACUUUCAAACACUGGGCCCUGGAAAAUGGUUAUGAUGUUUAUCAGUCUCCCAAAUACAAUUAUCUUGUAAGUUUAGGAAAAGCUAAACAACCUUUGUUUCCCAAUAUGAAUCCACCACCCUACUCCCAGUUUUUGACCAGAAGGAAUGAAAUUCCUUUAAUCCAAUUCAACACACCAAAACCUCACAGACAUACCAGAGAUACCAAUGUGGAUCCCUGUGGUAGUAUCAUCUCAUCUGGAAAUAUUGCUAAAGAACAUUUACCAAUGCAGCCAUUAAGGGAUAAUAGUUUAGUGAGUUCAAAUGCUGAAGACCCAAACAUUACAACUCUCAAGAAAAGGCCUUGGAGUCCAAGAAUAAUAGUCAGUAUCUGAACCAAAAUUAUAGUAAUAAUUUUAUUCUACAUUUGCCAGAAUGUAACUUGAACAAUUCAUAUUUGUUAAUUAUUUGUUAAUCCAUAUAUAACAGAACCUUAAACCAUUUUUCAGAUUACCAGUUCAGAAAAGGGGUUUAUAACAGAUAUUCCAUGUUAAAUGAUAGUAUACUCAUAGACGCCAGAUCAGAAUGAAUUAUGAACCCCCAUCAUCUUAAUUAUGUGGAAGGAUUUUCAUACAUUUUGGUGUAGCCAAGCUUUAUUAGACAAUUUCUUUAUUAGACAGUGUGUUCUCUUACUAUUAGGCCUAUAUACUCGCAACAGCAUGAAGUCUGGCAGCUUUUCAGUGCCCAGCUGAGACAGGGGACCCUUAGAAAACAGUAAAAACAAGGAGGAGGAGGAGGAGGAGGAGGAGGAGAACUGGACACCAGAGAUAUGGAUUAUCAAUGAACAAGAGAAUGUACAGACCUUUCUUUAUGCUUUAUGAAUUCUUCUCAACAACAAAUAAUAAUCCACAAUCAACAUAAGAGCUCUAGUUGACCCAACUGGUCACAAUUAGCUUGUUCCAUUGAUUUCCAUGCUACUCAUUUAGUGAAGCCACACUUCAACCAGAUUCAGAAUAUGGAACACACUCCCUUGGAGUGUGUUGGAGUCUCUUUCUUUGGAUAUUUUUAAACAGAGACUGCAUGGCCAUCUGCCAGAGGUGCUUUGACUGUGAGUUCCUGCAUGGCAGGGGCUUGGGCUGGAUGGCCCUUGGGAUCUUUUCCAACUCUUUCAUUCUAUGCUUCUAUGACUGCCUAGUUGAAACAAAGAUUCAACUGAGUUAUGACUGCAUGUAUGUCAGAAAUAUGUUAUUCUGAUUCCUAUUUUGAUCCAUGCAACUUCUUUUAUGUCUUGUAAGUACAGUAUAUAGAAACAUUUGAACAACUUUUUAAAAAUUUGACUUUUCAAUGUGUCUUGGCAGGUUGGCUAGGGUUUAAUAACAUUUAGGAGUAAAAGAAGGUGUAAUGUUUCUUGUAGUUUCUCUGCUUUGCCAUGAACCACAGCAAUACAUGUACUUCUAUAAGUUUUUAAUCUUAUCAUUUAUCAAAGCAGAAUUUACCUUCAGCUUGCACCAUCCUACCAACCUAUCCAAGAGUUGAGCUGGAUAUCAGUGGAUUACAUGGCAUUGCAUAUUCAUGUUUCUUUAAAUCUCUUUAGACUACAACCAGGACUAUAAAUCUACAAGAUGCAAGAAAGCAUCCAGACUCUUCCAUAGUGUAGUAAUCUCUUGUGUCAUUCAGUUCGGCAUUUUCUUGCAGAUAUGUGAUUAACUAGAAAAUGUGUCCAGGAAUGCACAAACCUGUCUAAGGUUAGGAUUGUAUCUCAUAUGUACAGCUGUAUCUCAUAUGUACAUAUGUACAGCUGUUUUAUGUACAGCGCUGUGCAAAUCUACAGCGCUAUAUAAAUAAAGAAUCAUCAUCAUCAUCAUCAUCAUAUAGACCAUUGUGUGUAUUGGGGCGGGGAGUUCAGGAUAUGUAUAGUUUAUGUUUAUUUAUAGGUCAGUCCACUGUUUUAAAGGGAGCCAGAUAAAUGUACAUAGGAUUGUAUUGUGAGGCGCAAUUCUAUGGACAUUAACUCAAGAGAAAUAUUCAGUUAAUCAUGUCAGUUGCAGGAUUGUCUUCCCCACUCAUGCUAUCAGAUAUUGCAUGAAAGAAUGUUUAAUGUACUACUUUUAUGAACUGUUAGUAUAAGACUGUGGUGCCUUUAUAUUACUGAAAUGUGUGGAUUGAUUGUAUUUGUAAUACCAUUUUGUACACUAAAUCCAAAUAGACUGUGUAUUACUGCAUGGCACAGGUUGGGCUGAAUGGCCCUUGCAGUCUCUUCCAACUUUAUGACUCAUGCUAUUUAUGAUGUGAGGGGAAGUGGAAAGGGGGAAAAGGGGGAGUGUGCAUGAUCCUGAACAAGCAGAACUCCACAUAUCAAUCAACCAUGACUUGUUCAAAAAGAAGCCCUGGGCAAAAAGGAAGAGUAUUUAGCACAGUUUUAUAUUGCUGUAUUUAUUUAUUUAUUUAAAAUAUUUCCACAUUUCAGAAAUAUUUAUGUAUAUUUAAAAUGUUUAUGUAUCUUUUCUCCUUCCUUCUACAUUUGAUAAGGAAGGCACAAAUAAACAUUUUAUUUUCUCAGGGAAAAAAAUCAUGUCUUUUUACUGUCUUCUUACUUACGAAGUCACAGUGUAAA